AGCGCCGCACAGCAGCGAGGUAGCUACGAUAGCACGACCAGGCAGCCACAGAACAAGAUACCCCCCGGCAAUUACCGAAUAAUCCUCGGCCGCUAGCUGACCACUAGCAGCGACAAAGUAUGCCGCCUCGUCGCUCUCACAAAAAGUCCAGGGCCGGCUGCCGGCGAUGCAAGUCUCGCAAGAUCAAGUGCGACGAGGUUCAUCCGCGCUGCGGCAACUGCGUCAAGCACGGCGUCCAUUGCGACUUUGAGCAUCCCGAGGUGCUCGCCGAGCUUCAGGCUGCCGCUGCUGCCACACCCGGUGCUGCCGAUACUCCAUCCACGCCCGCUACAUCCUUCAACUUCGCGUCGCCUGUCCCCCAUGCUUCAACCCCAGGAUCCGCCAUACCCGGCGUUGCCGACACGGCGCCGCGGUUAUGUCGACAGCCACCGGCCCCCGCCCUCUCGCCGACUACGCCUCCGGGUCACCGGUUACUCGAGCUUAGAUUGAUGCACCAAUACACGGCUAUGACAUGCAAGACAUUCACCUUCACGGCACCGCUGACCGAGGACAUUUGGAAGAUCACGGUGCCGAACCUCGCCUUCUCCGGGUCGCAGCACCUAGCCGACGCCAUACUCGCUGUCGCAGCGCUUCAUCUCCGAAGCAUCAUGCCGAACGACAAGGAGUUGGUUCGCGCGUCACACGCGUACAUGGCGGCGUCUCUCGCCGAAUACAGCGCCGCCCUCACGAAAGGCAUCGACCAUACCAACGCGGAGUCCCUUUUUCUGACUUCGGCCCUGAUCGCGUUCCAAUCUACAGCCACCAGAGUGUUCAUGAAGGACGAGGGAAUGGUUGGUGCAGGAAGCGAGAUGGACACAGACGCCGGCAAACUCCGCAAUCAGCCAUCCGGAUGCUACUCCAUCCCCUUCUCAUGGUUCCACUCGUUCCAGGGCGUCAAGGCUAUCACGGCCGCCUCGUGGCAGUACCUGCGCGUCAGCCCCGUGGUAACACAGGUCAUCAAUUCACAAGCUGCACUUCAACUCGACCUCAGCACCGGCCCAGAAACAUUUUUCGGGCACUUACUCGAAGGUAUAGAGGAGGAACUCGCCGCCAUGGGCGGUGGCACAGACGAUCCCUCCAUCAUGCCGCGCGCAGCAUCUCUCGCCGGGAGCAACAGCAGUUACGGGCUAAACAGCGCCUGUUCUCCCGCCGUAGCCACCCCUGCCCACCUUCAUCAAACCCAACCAUCCAACCCCGCCGCCACCCCCGAACUAGUAGCCUCCACCCGGCAAGCCUACCACCACGCCGUCGCCGUCCUAAACUGGGCGCACAAAAUCCCGCACAAGGGCGCGCCGCUCGCCUUCCCGGCUACCGUCUCCCGCCGAUUCAUCGAGCUGCUUGAGGAGCGCCGGCCGCGCGCCCUCGCCAUCCUGGCCUGCUUCUUCGCCCUGCUCAAGUCGAUGGACUCAGUCUGGUGGCUGCAGGGCAUGGCGCGGCGCGAGGUGCUCGGCGUGGUCUCGCUCUUCAACAGCGACUUCUUCGGGCCCGACGCCUACCGCACCUGGUGGCCCCACCUCGAGUGGGCGAUGCGCAUCGCGCUGUACGAGCCCUCCCCGAGCGGCGGCGGCGGCGGUGGGGAGCCGGCGGCGCCAAUCCCGCCCGAGAUUUGGGGCGCCGACUGGUAUGCCGAGGAGAGGACGCUCGCGGAGGGGCAGGCGCGGCAUGGCGGGUAUGUGAGGCACAUUGAGCUGCUGAGCCAGAUGGGUAGUGGGCUGCAGGGGGCCAUGCCGAGCGUGCCGGAGUUUGUGCCGGUUAUGGGGUCGCAGAGGUGACCAUGGAAGAUCGGUCGGGGAGAGAGAAAGAGGACUUAAACGGCGGGUUGAAUGGACACUCGCCGUGGCCUAGAGGGUCACUUCAUUUGCACCAAAGGAAGACUCUGAGCUAUGCUCUGGCAGUCGUCGACCGGGAAGCAUACGAGUCAUGGGACCGAAGGUAACUACAGCCGUGAUGAUGAUGGAAGCCGCUGUGGAAAGCAAAGCCGUUAGGGGUCUUGAGUGUGGACAGCAUACAGCUAGGUCCAGCUUCCUGGAAACUUCGCGAAUGGCAGACCAGGAGAACGUACUUGAUGAGGU